GAGUAGUCUCAAUUGUACCGUUGACAUGUUCGUACGUUUUGUUAUCGCUAAAUUGUUCGCUGACGGCCGGCAGUCGUUUGUUAUUUACGCAUUAUUCCUUAACUUUUCCGCAGAACAAAUGGCACACUGGAUAAUUUAAAGUGUUUUGACUAAAUAGUGAUGUAUUCUUCUAUUUUAUCUAGUAGUACAGUGACAUUGGACAUGAUGGAGAACCCUUGGUACCCACCCACUAGACAGACAUUCUUAGUGGAUACAAAUGCUCCUAGCAACAGCCGGGAACAAAGGAAUAAAGCAGAAAAACAAAGGAGGGACAGACUGAACUCUUAUAUCGGGGAGCUAGCUUCUUUAGUGCCCAUGGUAGCAAGAAGUGCUAAAAGGUUAGAUAAAACCAGCAUCCUCCGACUGACUGCAACACAUUUAAGGAUCAAACAACUUUUAAACAACAGUAGAAUAGUACCAAAUAUGGAUUUCCCAAAAAACAUUGAUCAAAUCCUUCUGGAACAAUUGAUUUACGAGCAAAUGGGUGGUUUUUUACUAAUUGUUUUGGCCAACGGAAAAAUUGUUUUUGUUUCAAGUACAGUUGAAAAUCUUCUUGGACACUUACAGACUGAUCUUAUGGGUCAAUCUCUUUUCAACAUAACUUCUCCUGAUGACCAGGACCGUCUCAAGAUUUUCCUACAAUGUGAAGGAGACAUUGAACAAGAAUGGAGGAAGUGCUUCAAUAUUAAGCUGAAACGAGCAGGUCCUCGAUCCGAGACUCCCGUUUACGAACAAGUGAGGAUGAUGGGUAUGCACCGGCAGGGAACGCCUACCGGUGCUCAUCAAAAUAAUAUGUUGUCAAGCAGCAGUAGUAGCAGUUCAAGCAGCAGUUCUGGAAGUUCAGUAAAUGCAGACGAUAUUUUGAUAUUUUUCGCAAAAAUAUGCAGACCUGAACCAUUUAUAGAGAGGUUAAUCGAGGCCUCCAAAGAAGAGUAUGUAACCAGACAUUUGAUUGAUGGCCGUAUCAUCGAUUGUGACCAAAGGAUUUCUAUUAUUGCCGGAUAUAUGACCGAAGAAGUUUUGAGUCACUCUGCAUUUUUAUAUAUGCAUAGAGACGAUGUACGUUGGGUGAUGAUUGCUUUGAGACAAAUGUACGACCGAGGAGAAAUGCGUGGAUGGUCAUGCUAUCGUUUGCAGUCCCGUAACGGACAAUUCAUAUUUCUAAGAACAAACGGUUUCUUAGAAAUAGAUGAUCAGGGUAUUGUGGAAAGUUUUAUUUGUGUAAAUACUUUGGUAUCUGAAAUGGAAGGUAUGCAAUUGAUAGAUGAUAUGAAGAAAAGAUAUUCUGCCCUGUGCUCACUUGAAGUUAGCAACCUUACUCCUCCACCAAGCAACGAUUCAAUUGACAUAGUGGAGGAUCCGGCGCAGGUAGAACAGGCUGUAGCACAUCUUGUGGCAAAUCUACCUUCCCCAGGUGCAGAAGAAGCUCUUCUUAACAUCCCAAGCCCCUUGAUACACACAGAGAAUCAAGACUGUUUAUCAACGACUGACUGUUCUGCAUCAAUGCAAAAAUACCACAUAAAGAGACCUAAAAGGCCGCCUAGUAAUGAUGGACAAAAAGAAAUGUUGUUGUACAAGAGGCACAAACCAUACACUGCGGUAAAUCCAGAAGUCAAGAAAGAUCCCGAAACGUCCUUAUAUCAACAUGACCAGCUGUUGCGCCGUAAUAUAUAAACAAUGAAAACUAUAAAAAUAAAUAUAAUCCCAGAAUUUGAAGACUGACCGACUAGGGCCAUACUUAAGAAGUACGUAGCAUUCGUCGCCAUGGUGUGAAAAAAGAAAAUCGUGGUUGUGGACGGUGUUUUUAAAGUGUAUUAUUUAUACUGAAUGAUUUUUAUAUACAGCUGAAAUAGCUCGAGAAUUGUAGGAGAUGUAUUUUAAAUUUACAGAAAAAGGACAAACAAAAAGAAAAGUACACUUUUCUACAAUAAAAAACCUUUGUUUGCAAUAUUUCCGAAAAUAAAACAUAUAGUUUUAAUGUAAGAUCUCUAUUAUGUGUAUUUGAAACCACUUGUUAGUAUUUUGUAUGAACUUGGAUUUAAAAGUGGCUCCUUAAUCGAACAUAUACAUGCUUUUGAAGAUUUUACUUUCAACUUUAAGAUAUUGCAAAAAGUUAUACAACAUACUAAAGUUAUAAAAAGUUAUAAAACAUACUAUUUAUUUUCUAAAUAGUAGUUUAAAAAGGUAGUUUAGUAACACUCUGUAUUAAAAUUGUAUUUAAAGUUAAUUGUACAUUACAUUUUUGUGUCUACCACUUGUUUUCAAUUAAAUAGUGAGUUUUAUAUAAUAUUAUCUUCUUUAUGUGCCGUCUUCUACCGAAAAUUGCCGCAUGCAAUAUAUUUGUAGCUUCUGGUAUUUGAAACUAUUCUCUUAAGUUCUUAACCAGUUUUUCUUGUUUCUGCCCAAAUCUCUUCUACGUUCAAUCUUGCCUUUUACUAUAAGCCGUAGCAGAUUGUAUAUAUCGGGAAACAUGGGCCAGAUAUGACGAUUUCUUUCUUUUAACGGUUCCUAAUGAUUCCAUCUCUUAAUCCAUUCCUCUCAAUACCUCUGUAUUAGACACUCUGUCUCUCCAAAGUAUUCUCAGUAUGAGUCGGUACAGCUACAUCUUUAAAGCCUGUAACUUUUCAUAAGUAAUUGAUAACAUUUAAUACAUGACGGUAAACAAUCUUUUUAUGUAAAUUUCCCAAGUUUGUAACUGUUGUUCUUUGUCUACAAUAAGUUUGUUGUUCUCGUUUAUUAACCUACAAAACUGUCUUUUUGGUAAGUAUAUGUAAACUCUGAUUUUUUUGUGUAUGUAAAAGCUAUCUUUCUUCUUCUUCUUACGGUGCCUAUCCGUUCCGGAUGUUGGCGAUCAACAUGGCUAUCCUAACUUUGCUUGCUGUUAUUGUGAAUAGUCCGGUUGUCGAUGUAUUAAACCACUCUCUCAGGUUUUGAAGCCAAGAUAUUCUUCUUCUCCCUGGUCCUCUCUUUCCAAAUACCUUGCCCUGAAGAAUGAGUUGCAAUAAGCCGUAUCUCUGUUCAUUCCUCAUAACAUGGCCAAGAUAUUCUAGUUUGCGCUCUUUGAUGGUGCUAUCUUUACUUCGUUCUAUAUAUUCUAUCUUGCCAUUUUUCUCAGAACCAUUUCUUCUUAGAGACAGUUCUAUCUAGUUAUUUAUACCAUUCGGGUUUAUUCUUAUUUUCCCUUCUUCUGUCGAUCUGAUCUCUAACGAUGUACCCAGAUUUCCACGUGGUGACUUCCUGCAACUUCUUAAUGGUAACUUAAAACCAAGUAUUAGUGAUUUUUAAGUUUUCCUCCUGGUAAAACUGUAUUAACUGAUCACAUCGAUCAUUUCUUUUUUUAACCCUAGGCCAAGCAAGUUAGGUUUUUACUCAUCACAAG